AUCCCUCGCAAGUCACGGUUGGAAGAGGCAAUCUCUUUCGAUGGCGACGACGCAGCACUAGUCGCGCCCGACUGCCCGAGAGGCACAGGCGGCCGGGCUCCCUCCUCGCCCGCUUCUCCUACACUCCAGGUUUCUCCAAUCUCCAACACGGCCGGCCGCGGGCACCCGACGACUGAGGGCGGAGGACCCUUGCAGUUCUAGUCCAGGAUAAGGAGGCAUCACUCGUGCAAGAAUCCAUGGCAUGGGGAGGUUUGUUCUUGAGCAUGGGCCACCCCACGCAAGAGCAACAGAAGUCCUGCCUUGCAGCCGCUGGUGGCUUCAACUACGACACAGCUCUCCAUGGCGCCACACGGCCAAAGUCAGUCUCUACCUUGACCUCUGGCGAAGCUGUUGGUGAAACAAGUGACAAGGUUCUUACGGAGCGCGGCUUCUUUGUGAACCGAUCACGUGUCCUGAUUGGCUCAGGUUCUGAUGCAUUUGUCCAUGCCAAAUCCGCCCUCCUCUCAUGGAGGUAUAAGGAGCCUGAGCCUGCCAGGCACUUGGCGCUCAGGUGGGCGAAUGUGGAACCUGACACCCCGGUGAAGGUAGGAACAAGGUUCUGCAUCUGCUACAAGGAGUUGAUCCCCUGGGUGAUGCUGCCGCUUCAGAUAGCGUAUGUGACCGAUGGUGAGUCAGACAGGUCCAAGAUGUUUGCGUUCGGCAGCGGCACUCUACAAGGCCAUCUGCUGGCCGGGGAGGAGCGGUUCUCGGUGCAGGUGGACGAGGAGGAGCGGGUGUGGUACGAGGUGGUCUCUUUCUCGAAGCCGGCGCACGUCCUGGCGACGCUGUGCUACCCGUAUGUGCAGCUGAGGCAGAAGCAUUUCGCGCGGCAGUCGGGGCGGGCGCUCCUCAGGCAUGUGGCCACCUGCUCGACCAAGCAGGAGCAGUAGAGCUUUGUGGAGAGAUAAUGUUGGAGCAUUCUGGUUCUGGGUGGGGUUUUCCAGUCCCAUAUUUUAACUUCGUCAUGACGAUGGAUAGCUGAAUGAAUUAAGAGAGGAAGAUAUGAAAUUAAUGAUAAAGAACACACACCGAUUGAACA